UGUAAAAAUUAAAUUUAAAGAAAAUGUUAAUUUCAAUUUCUUCAAAAUUUAUUUUCACAAUUUUAAUUUCUUUUUUAAAUUACUCAAAUUCCCUCAAAUGUAAAUGUACACAAAGUUCACCGAAAGUCCCUUGUCAGCACGGCGUUUGCGAAGUGCCAACAAAAAUCUCCUCUUGUCUAAUGCUUGAUCACCCAAAAUCUGGACUUCAUUAUGCUUGCUCAACAAAUGCUAAUUUAGGUGAAGGGGAAUGUGUGGAGAAAAAAUCAAAAACAGGAGCUAAUGUUAAAGUCUGUUCUUGUUAUUCUUCCGAUUUUUGUAAUUUCAAAAUCUGGCCAGAUGGACAGGAAUUGGAAGAACAAAAUAGUAAAAGUGAAGAAGAAGAUGACGAUGAUGGGGAAAAUUCAAAAGAGUAUGAAGAAGAAAAUAAAAAAGGAGAAAUAUUAAAUACAAAUAAUUCAAUUAAUUUAAAAUAUUCUUUUUUAAUUAUUUUUAUUUUAAAUUUAUUUUUUUAUUUUAUUUUAAUUAAAAAUUAA